AGGAAGUUCAGAGUCCGCGCGACGGUCUUAAGGUCUGCGAUCCCUCUCCGCCGUUCACCUCGCCGUCGGCCGGAAUUUUCGACACCGCCUCCAUCUUCGUUGACGUUAGAAGUUUCCUCUGGAGACUUGGUGUGAACUGAAGAAGCAUUUCCAUGGAGUGUGUGGUUCAAGGUAUCAUCGAGACACAGCAUGUUGAAGCGCUUGAGAUCCUUCUUCAAGGUCUUUGUGGUGUUCAACGAGAACGUUUGAGAGUGCAUGAGUUGUGCUUGAAGAGUGGGCCAAACCUUGGAGUUGUUUCUUCAGAGGUUCGGCUUUUAUGUGAUCUUGAUCAGCCAGAACCCACCUGGACCGUUAAACACGUUGGAGGUGCAAUGAGAGGGGCUGGGGCCGAGCAAAUCAACGCUUUGGUGAGAACAAUGGUCGAGAGCAAAGUAAGCAAGAACGCUCUCCGUCUGUUCAACGCUCUAGGUUACAAGUUGGAUCACGAGCUCCUGAAAGUUGGAUUCUCGUUUCACUUCCAAAGGGUAGCUCAAAUCACUGUCUCGGUAUCGUCUGUGAACAAAAUGCCAAAGCUUCAUGCCGUGGACGAGGCCGUGCCUAUAACACCCGGCAUUCAGAUUGUAGAAGUGACAGCCCCUGCUACUCCUGAGAAUUACAAUGAGAUUGUGGCCGCUGUUUCAUCCUUCUGUGAAUAUCUUGCUCCGCUACUCCACUUGUCGAAACCAGGUGUCUCAACAGGAGUGGUGCCAACUGCAGCUGCAGCCGCAGCUUCUCUUAUGUCGGACGGUGGCGGUACUACAUUGUAGUGUACGAAGUAAAAACCAUCAAGACAUACGUAUAUGUCCGAAGCUGUUAAUUGGUUUCUUCCUUUGUCAACUGAAUAGUUAUUCUACUGCUCAGGCAAUGCAUCAGUAGACUGUUUUGACACGUCAAUACAACCUCGAAUUCUGCUUUUAUUGUUCUUCUGUGAG